AUGCCAAGCUACGUAAAAUUCCUGAAGGAUGUCUUAACGAAGAAAAGAAAAAUCAGUGAAUUGGGAGCAGUAGCAUUAACAAAGGAGUGUAUUGCGUUGAUCAACAACAACAUUCCUAAAAAGCAGAAGGAUCCUGGCAGUUUUACCAUUCCUUGUUCAAUUGGAAGAAUAGAUGUAGGGAAUUCGUUGUGUGAUCUUGGAGCAAGUAUUAACCUAAUGCCCCUCUCAAUCUUCAAGAAACUUGGAAUUGGUAAAGCUCAACCUAUUUUUGUAAUGCUUCAACUUGCUGACAGGUCUAUCACAUACCCUGAAGGAAAUUUCGAAGAUGUCUUGGUAAAGGUUGACAAAUUUAUAUUUUCGAUGGACUUCAUCGUCUUAGACUAUGAGGUUGAUCAGGAUGUUCCAAUAAUCUUCGGACACCUAUUCCUUGCUAUCGAAAAAGUUUUGAUAGACCUGCAUGAGGGGGAAUUGACCAUGUGUGUAGACAAUCAGGAAGUUAAAUUCAAUGUGUUGAACGCAUUAAAAUUCCUAGAUGAUGCAAAGUAA